AUGACCGCCUGCCUCCACCAAGAAGCGGGGCUGCCGCCGCUCCAGGUCGCGACCGCCAAAGUGCACACGGAUCGCUCGUACCAGUGCUAUGUGCGCCUCCAGAAGAUCCUCCCAUGCCUGAUUGCGCUCUUCAUCGUGCUGCUCGUGACGGCUGUCUUGUACGGCAUCCUGACACCCGAAACAACGGCGACGCCACUCCCGACGCUCGUCCUCGUUCCCGCGCGUAGCUACCCGCUGCUUCGCCAAACGUACUAUCCGUAG